AUGUCAACGACUGGAUUUCCAUUGCCUUCUAAUUAUACAACAACUGAAGAAGGUUUACUACUAUCUGCUACAACUACUCUUAAUGAAACUGCUAAGGAAUAUGAUCAUAAUGGUGCUGCACUUUAUAUAGCUGUUAUACUUAUUUGGUAUUCAACUGGUUUAGCGAUGAUGCUAUUUCUUCAAGUACGUCCACGUUCAUUGCCACAUCAAUUUUUAUUUGAUUCAUCGAAUUCAUCAACAAAAAAAUCUCUUCAAACAUUAUCAACAAAUCCAUUUACUGGCUAUCGAAAUAUUCAAGCUGAUAAUACAACAAAACAAAUACUUAAUGAAUUAAAAGAUCCUGUAACACGGACACGUCUAUGGAAUAUAUAUUAUGCAUCAACGGAAAAAAAUAAUGAACCACAUCCAAAAUAUAAUCAAACAAUUACCGCUGAUAAAACUACUAUUGAUCGUAUUAAUAGAAAACUAGCUGAUAUACAUCGUCUGGAUACAGUUAAUGAUGAAAGUCCAAUAACAACAAAUCCAGUUUCACUAAAUAAUAAUCGAUCAUCAAUAUCUGUUGAUUCAGCAAAAAAUUUUGCUAAACGUCUUAAUUCAUUACGUCGUCCAAAUGGUGGUACAACACCAAAUACUCGACCGCAACUUAUGCGAAUACAUUCUCAAGAUGAAACAUCAUCACCAAAUACAACACUCGAAAUGGAAUCACUUGUUACUGGAAAACCAUCAACAAGAAAUACUUCACGUAAACCAAGUUUAUUUUCAAGCCGGUUUACUAUCGAAAAAGUAUCUGAUAGUAAAACAAUUCCUGAUCUUACUAAUGAAAACAAACGAGAAUAG